UUCGCCGGCUUAGACGCGGAACAGAGACACGAGAAGCACAACGGCCAUACUAUCUGCAGAUGGGGCUGUGAAGACUGCUGCCCUUCAUCACUUUUCGCUGCAACCUGUACAGAAUUGUUAGGAGACUUUCAACUACUCUGACCCGAAAUAAAUACUAGAAAAUGGCGCAGCCGGACAGCAAGAAGAUAUUCUUUGAGAACCUGUCGGGAGCGGGGAAAGCCAUCGCAGUGCUCACAAGCGGAGGAGAUGCUCAAGGAAUGAAUGCGGCAGUCCGCGCCGUGGUCCGAAUGGGGCUGUACGUGGGAGCUAAAGUUUAUUUUAUUCAUGAGGGGUAUCAGGGGAUGGUGGACGGAGGGGACAACAUAAGAGAAGCCACCUGGGAGAGUGUCUCCAGCAUGUUACAAGUGGGUGGGACUGUGAUCGGCAGCGCCCGCUGCAAAGACUUCCGCAGCCACGAGGGCCGCCUGAAGGCGGCUCACAACCUGGUGGAGCGCGGCAUCACCAACCUGUGCGUGAUCGGCGGCGACGGCAGUCUGACGGGAGCCAACCUGUUCAGGGAGGAAUGGAGCGGCCUGCUCUCUGAGCUGGUGCAGCAAGGUCUGAUCGAAGCCGACGCCGUACAGAAGUACUCGGCCCUGCACAUCGUGGGGAUGGUGGGCUCCAUCGACAACGACUUCUGUGGAACCGACAUGACGAUUGGCACUGACUCGGCCCUGCACCGAAUCAUCGAGGUGGUAGACGCCAUCAUGACCACCGCACAGAGCCACCAGAGGACGUUUGUGUUGGAGGUCAUGGGCAGACACUGUGGCUACCUGGCCUUGGUGAGCGCUCUGGCUUGUGGCGCCGACUGGGUUCUGAUUCCUGAAAUGCCUCCGGAGGACGGCUGGGAGGAGAAGAUGUGCCAGAAACUAUCUGCGACCCGUUCCAGGGGCACAAGGCUGAACAUAAUCAUAGUAGCAGAGGGAGCCAUUGACAGGCACGGGAAGCCUAUAACUUCUAGUAUUGUCAAGGAUCUUGUUGUCAAAAACUUGGGCUUUGACACACGGGUCACCAUCUUGGGCCACGUGCAGAGAGGAGGGACGCCGUCUGCUUUUGACCGCAUCUUGGCCAGUCGUAUGGGAGUGGAGGCCAUCCUGGCUCUCCUGGAGACCACCGCCAACACGCCGGCCUGUGUGGUCUCUCUCUGCGGGAACCAGUCGGUGCGCGUGCCUCUGAUGGAGUGUGUUCAGACGACUCAAGAGGUCCAGAAAGCCAUGGACCAGAAACGGUUUGAGGAGGCCGUCAAACUUCGGGGCAGGAGUUUCGAAAACAACCUGAGGACGUACAAACUGCUGGCUCACCGCAAACCCGAGUCUGAGCUGCCAGUUAGCAACUUCAACGUGGCGGUGCUGAACGUGGGAGCGCCCGCGGCGGGCAUGAACGCCGCCGUCCGGUCGGCCGUCAGGGUGGGGAUUUCAGAGGGACACAAGAUGUUUGCCGUCAGCGACGGCUUUGAAGGAUUCUACAAAGGGCAGAUUAAGGAGAUUAAAUGGGGGGAUGUUGGAGGCUGGACUGGACAGGGUGGCUCCCUGUUGGGAACUAAAAGGACGCUUCCUGCGAAGCAUGUCGACAAAAUUGCCGAGCAGAUGCGAAAGUACAACAUAAACGCUCUGCUGGUAAUUGGCGGAUUUGAGGCCUUCCUGUCACUGCUGGAAUUGUCAGCGGCUCGUGGGAAAUAUGACGAGUUCUGUGUGCCCAUGGUCAUGGUCCCGGCCACGGUCUCCAACAAUGUGCCUGGCUCAGACCUCAGCAUUGGCGCUGACACGGCUCUGAACGCCAUCACUACUACUUGCGACCGCAUCAAGCAGUCAGCCAGCGGGACCAAGAGGCGCGUGUUCAUCAUCGAGACCAUGGGGGGCUACUGCGGCUACCUGGCCACCGUGGGGGGGCUGGCGGCGGGCGCCGACGCCGCUUACAUCUACGAGGAGCCAUUCGACAUCAGAGAUCUACAGGCUAAUGUUGAACAUCUGACAGAGAAAAUGAAGACCAGCAUCCAAAGAGGACUGGUGCUCAGGAACGAGAACUCCAACGUGAACUACACCACGGACUUCAUCUACCAGCUGUACACGGAAGAAGGCAGAGGAGUGUUCGACUGCAGGAAGAACGUGCUGGGACACAUGCAGCAGGGAGGAGCGCCGUCGCCGUUCGACCGCAACUUCGGGACCAAGAUCUCCGCCAAGGCCAUGCAGUGGCUUUCCCAGAAGCUGGUGGAGUCGUACAGAAAAGAUGAAGGCCGAGUGUUUGCCAACACCGAGGACACCUGCUGUCUGCUGGGGAUGCACGCCAGGGCUCUGGUCUUCCAGCCUGUCGUGCAGCUCAAGGAUCACACCGAUUUUGUCCACAGGAUCCCCAAAGAGCAGUGGUGGCUGAAGCUGCGUCCCCUGAUGAAGAUCUUGGCCAAGUACAAGACGAGCUACGACGUGUCCGACUCGGGACAGGUGGAGCACGUCAUACACAGCCGACCCAAAGACUCGGACGCUUCGGUCGCCAUGUGAAGGCACUUCGCUGUCUGCUCUCCCGUGAAGUCCAGCCUCUCUCUGUGUGUGUGUGUGUGAGACAGAGACUAGUAAGUUCUGGUGCUGAUAGUCCAGAUGUUGUAACGGAGGCUCAACGAAACAGCUGACUUCUGUUUGGCCGCGCGUCGUGUUCGUUUCCUCCACUUCUCACUCGUUACCGUCAUCCCCCCCUCAGAUCACAACUGAUGAAUUUUAACCGAGCCUUUCAGUACUCCCGAUGUUGCGCAACACAACAGUCUUGCCAUGCAUAUGCGUGUUCCCGUUGCCCUGGUUGUUUAGGGUUGUUGUGUUUUUUUUGUUGUUUUUUUUUAAUUGCACUUUUCUCUGUCCCCGGUUGCGUAGACAGGCUCUGAUUGCAGAGCUGCAAGAGGACAGAAUAGACACUUUAUCUGCAGUAGAAAAAAAGAAAAAGAAAAGAAAAGGAAAAACCAGAGCGUGUUUCUGACCAGCACAAACGUGCGGGUCCAGCAUGUUUGUGACGACUGAUGCAACGACAUUCUACUGCUGCAAGUCAACUGUGUGCCGUGCUUUACACAGAUAACUAAUAUUUAUAUAUUUAACAUUGUUUAUUUUGCUUGUAAGCAUAGUAAUAUUAAUCAUUGUACUGUAGGCGAUGCUGUAAUGAAUAGUUGUCCAUCAUUGAUCCAGCGAGUUAGAUGUGUACGAGAGUAAGGUUUACCACAAAAUAAAAUCAGACUUGACAAGUGUA